GGACUAGGUUCACGAAGCAGCUUUAUAUGCCCUAUGAAAUUGUAAAAAAAUAAGUUUCAAAAAUCAUCAUAAAUUUGGUAUAUUUGUGGAGCUUAACAUCUUAUCUGUCUCAUUAAAAAGCACUUUUGCCUUACAAAUUGCGUUAAACAUCUCUACAAUUGACCACAAACAUGUAUAGUUCAGCAAAAUAACCUAAAUUUUGACAAUUUUUGGACAUUUAAUGACAUAAUAGAAUAUGAAGGCAAGUUUCCCACACUUUCAUAUUUUAAGUUUUGAUUCAUAUUUCGGAGUUAGAUGCAAUCAAAAAAUUACUUUGUGUCGGAAAUAUGCCUUCAUAUUUAAUUUUGAACUUUUGUGAAUUUUAAUAUUGGUAGAUGUAAGUUACAGUGUAACCCAAAUGCCUCGUUGUUUUGCACAUUAAAACACAAAGUAAAUUAUAUGUGUUUUGUUGUUGAAUCAUACUGUGGUUAUAUUUAGAACACGUUUUCCAUGCACAGUGUAAUGUGUCUUUUCAUUUAUGCGAAGAUAAAAUAUUUUUUUGUAAAUAUACGAAUUUUGUUAACUACUGUUAGUAAGGGCAUCAACUCUUGCAUGAUUGUUUACAUCGCUCCAUGACAACAUGUAGUCAACACUCAGAUCGAUAAUUUUAAAGGAUCACUAGCAUUCACGUAAGUUUUAAUCUUUAUUUUACUUUCAUACAUUUAAAAUUACCAUUUUAAAUGUUUUAUUAUCGUAAAAAUGGUGUUCCUUCUGUUGAAAUAGUCAAUAAAUUGUUGACAGAUCCAUUCGAUUAUUCUGGUGUAUUGCGACUGCAGACGACUCCAGCAAUAUUGUUGUGAAAACCGUUGUUUUCUAUCGCAAUUUAUAUAUAGUUGUAUAGAAUUGGUUGAAAAAAUGUUCAAGCUUUUGAAAACAUGCAAGUUGAGAGAAAUUACGAUUUAAACAAUUAAAACCAUUUAAGAUGACAAACGACACUUGCAGUGAACGUCAUAUUGCUCAAUAAAUAUACAUCAUUAUCGAUAUUUUGACGAUUGUCUGUGUGGUGUAAUGGAUGUAGUGUCAGACUUCCACGCGGAUGGUUGUAGUUCGAUUCUCGAUAAAGUCAUUUUUUUUGUUACAAUAACUGCAAAAAUAAAAACGUAACUUUGUAAAAAAUAUUGCACCUAAUUUUUUAACGUUUUUUUAGUAUUAUAUUUGUGUUAAAGAGAAACAUCUAAUAUAAUUUUUCUUUUUCUUGCAGAAUGCCUCUCAAAGCGUGUAUUUUAUGCGAAAAACGGCUCAAAAUACACCAACGCCGUCCUGUAAAUAAACAUGUCGCAAAUAUUUAAAAAAGAAUUUCCUGAUAGAAACAACACAAGAUCAAUUUAUUUGUGGCAAGUGUAGUCGGCCAGCGUAUUACGCUGCAUCACAACAACCUUCUUGUGCACAACAACCUUCUUGUGCCUCUACCAGCUCAUUGCCGCCGCAAAAUGUUCUCCCAAACAGUCCUCCUUCAAUCAAAUUGAAUAUUAAAACAACAUCAAAUAGCCAUGCUUAUUGUUUCAUUUGCAAGAAACCUGGACCAAAAUUGAUUGUCGUUCCUACUUCUACAAGGACAGAAACCUUCAUUCAACAUAAUAUUUUAAUAACAGCGGAAAGUAGGUGUUGUCCCGGUCAUUUCAAGCAAAAUGGUACAUCCUUUGAAGAAAAUGUAAUUUCAAAAUUGUCUACAAUAGACAAUGUUUUUUUAAACAGAUCAUCUCUUCUUAAUCUUCUUACUGCAGUUCGAGAGUACUGCGUAUGUUCAAAAAGUAAGAGGCUGUCGUUUGAUGACUUAACAACUUUCAGUGAAGAAGACUUGUUAAAUCUUACCGGCAUUUCGGUGUCGAACUUUUUAGCACUCUUGAAAGCCGUCGAAUUAUCAAUAAGAAACACGCCUGCUAGAACUGUAGCAACUACUAUUGGAAUUUUCUUGUUUAAGUUAAAGUCAGGUCUAUCAAAUAAGGUCCUGUCAACUUUGUUUGACGUUUCAAAAUCAAGCGUCAGAAGAGCCAUACAAACAUCCAGAAAAGUACUUUUGACCGACUUUGUGCCUUUUAAUCUUGGCUUUUCACACAUUUCACGCGAAGAUGUAAUAAAUAAACAUACGCGUAAUUUGGCACAACUUCUUUUCACGGAAAAUAAGGAACAAGUCAUCCUCGUUCUCGACGGAACAUACAUCUACAUUCAAAAAAGUGGAAACUUUCAAUUUCAACGGCAAACGUAUAGUAUGCACAAGGGAAGACCAUUAGUUAAACCCAUGGUUAUUGUAACAACAUCAGGAUAUUUUAUUUCCGUAAUCGGUCCAUAUUUGGCCAACAGCAAAAAUAACGACGCAUCAAUUCUGCAUCAUAUAAUUAAAAACAACAUCGAAGAAAUUAAAAACUGGGUCAAAGAAAACGACAUAUUUGUUGUCGACAGAGGCUUCCGUGAUGCCACCUCUCUGCUUGAAGAGCUCGGGAUCCACGCGCAGAUGCCGUCAUUUUUGCCGCGAGGAAGCAAACAACUACCAACUGAUUUGGCAAACUCUUCACGGCUAGUUACAAAGGUAAGAUGGGUAGUUGAAGCGGCUAACGCUAGAAUCAAGCGGUGGAAGUAUUUGGACCACAUCUUGCCAACGAAUCAAGUGCCAUACAUAGGCGACUAUAUUAAAAUUAUUUGUAGUUUAUGUAACAAGUUUCUUCCACCUUUGAGUGCCAACUGUGAAUCGUCUGAAGAUUUUUUAUGUGCGGAAAGGAUGAUGGCCAAACUAAAAGAAGAAAAUAAAUUGCAAAAAUUUGUAGAAGAUAAUAACCUCCAUCGCCGUAGUAUCAGUAAAUGGUCGUCUGUUAACGAAUCUGUUUCCAACUUUCCUCAACUUGACGAAACAAUGCUUAAACUCCUGACGCUAGGCACCUACCAGUUGAAGCUCUGUCCGUCUUACAUUCAAGAAUAUAUGGGCUCUGAAUGCACAAUCGAUGUGUUCAGAGAAACUUGUGAUCUCAUUCGUGUCCGUCUUCAAAGCCGUCAUAUUUCAUCAAAGACUUAUCAGGUCUGGAUUCAAUAUGACUCAGACCAUGUUAAAGCAUGGUAUUGUCAAUGCCGGGCAGGUGCGCGUACUGUUGGCACGUGUUCGCACGUUGCAUCUGUCAUUUGGUAUUUGUCUGGUUUAUCCGGGCCAAUAAAUGAUUGUGGCAUUCAGGACUGGGGCAAAUAUAUUGAUGACGCGUCUCAUGUGCCACAAACUGUGGACACUUCCGACUCCGAGUCAGAUGUCAGUACUGUUGAGGAGUAAAUAAGUCUUAAGUCUUUGGAAUAUUUUUGACGGAAUAUAUCGACGACUAAGGUCUUAUUUACUCCUCAAUAUGUCGGUAUUUUCUACUGGUAAAACUAUCUGAAUUAGCUAAAGGCGUAUCUCGACUAUAACCUGUAAUUGUUUCAACAGUCGGACAUAUUGUAUUAAGCUUUUAUAUAUUAUGUAGCGGAAAGAUACGUAAUAGAAGUUUUAUGGUAAUAAAAAUGUUUAAACCUGGCAAAAUAUACAUUUUCACAAACAGAUCAGCCUUAAGUACGGGAUCCGGAUAGUGCCAGCCAUAAUAUCGAUCUUUCAUCAAGGGCGACACAUGACACACGAAGCGAUACCCGAUAUUUUGCGCGACAGUCGCGGCGACGCAGGGUAAUUUGCGCGACAGUCGCGGCGACGCAGGAUAAUUUGCGCGACAGUCGCGGCGUCGCACGAGAUAUUCAACGCGACAUAUAGCCUUAUGGGCUACCUACACAAGGGCGAUGUAUCGUGUUAAAUAUAUCGUGCGUCACCGCGUCUGUCGCGCAUAAUAUGGUGCGUCGCUUCGUGUGUCGCCCUUGAUGAAAGAAGGGCGAGAUUAUAGAUGGAACUAUCCGGAUUCCGUACUUAAUAGAUACAUAUGUGCGUGUCACUUAUAAGAUUUAUGUGAAACACCCGGUACAUUCGCAUUUAUAGUCCCUUGCCAGCUGUUGUUAAAAGCUUUCGGCUGAUAAAACACGUUAAUCUGUUUGGGAUGAUAGGAAUAUUUAAAUGUAAUAUUGUAUCAUUUUGUUACAUAACUAAAAUCCGUUGUCUGUGAAGUGAAAAGUAUACACUCAUAGAUGAGACAUUUGUACGUUAUUUGACGUAAUUAAGGUAUAUGCAGGACUGCUUGUGUCAGUAACAUUUUGAUACGUUGAUGCGUUUGUAACGCUGAAGACGUCAAUUCUUGUAUAAAAUACUGUUGUUUAUGAUAUUUAAUACCAUGAAGUGUUGUGCAUUAUAAUAAAUUGUUAUCAUAUGCAGGACUGCUUAUGUCAGUAACAUUUUGAUACGUUGAUGCGUUUGUAACGCUGAAGACGUCAAAUCUUGUAUAAAAUACUGUUGUUUAUGAUAUGUAAUACCAUGAGGUAUUGUGCAUUAUAACACAUUGUUAUCAUAUGCAGGACUGCUUAUGUCAGAACAUUUUGAUACGUUGAUGCGUUUGUAACGCUGAAGACGUCAAAUCUUGUGUAAAAUACUGUAGUUUAUGAUAUGUAAUACCAUGAAGUGUUGUGCAUUAUAACACAUUGUUAUCAUAUGCAGGACUGCUUAUGUCAUAACAUUUUGAUACGUUGAUGCGUUUGUAACGCUGAAGACGUCAAAUCUUGUAUAAAAUACUGUUGUUUAUGAUAUGUAAUACCAUGAAGUAUUGUGAAUUAUAACAAAUUGUUAUCAUAAUGUAAUACUGGGUAACUGGUUUAUUAUUUUAAAUUGCCAACCGGAUGCUUGAUGUUAAGCUUGUAUUUAGUAUGUACAUUAUUUGUUUGCAUUCUAAUUAAAAAUCCGUUACCAUAGUAACAUCUUAAUCAUCAAAGAUUCAUUUUUUAUUGCAGUAAUUAAACAAUUGAAUAAUACAAUAAUUAAGAUAUAUUUUUAAGUUGUUCGGUUUAUGUUGUUUGCCGAUCGAUAUUUACUUUAAAAAGUGGCAUAUAUCAUAUACAUUUAAAUUGUUUCCAUGGAAACGGCAAUUGUAGUUUCAGAAAUUAUUAAUUAAAACUUACCUGCAUAUAUUCCGAUCAAUUGGGUAUGCAUUAGGCAAAGUAUGCUGUGCUUGUUAAAUUAUACUUUAUAUUCUUUGAUUUCUUUGACAAAAAAUGUAGAAAAAUGUCAAUGUCUUACUCGUUACCAUGACAACCAACAACUAUUUGUUGCUUUUUUACAACAUGCUGUGUGUAUUCAAUACUCAUGUACAAUUUUAUAAUUUUCAUGAUGACGUAUAAUGUAUAUAUAUACGUUUGCAAUUGAUUUUUAUAUACCAUAACAAAUAUUCUCACGUAUUUAUCAUGUUGCCAUAGCAACCAUAAUAAAGCGAUACUAAUUAUAAAUAUGUUGUUUUCCUAUAUACAAUAGUUUGCCCUAUAAGAUAAAAGUAAAUUCAUUUAAUUCUGAAACAGGGCAUAUUUCAACCCUUCGUGAACCUAG